ACCAGACAGGUAUCUGGAAAACAGCUGCACCUCGAUCUAAUUAUUUGAGAAGAUUAACUUUCAAGACAGCCUAACUGACACAACACAUCUCAACUCGUGGUACAACUGCUUACCCUCACGCAUUAAAGCUACUAACAUCUUUUCCACCUUCUCCAUCCAAUCGAUCCUUCUCAUCAUGUCCACUAAACCCAUCCAGUCCUAUCAUGAAGGGGCCUACAAGUCCCUCAUGAAAGGUUUGAAAGAGCUGGACUUCCGGAGCUCCAGUGUUCCCUGUGACCUGGUGCUAACUGGAGACCAAGCCUUUCCAUUAGCAAUAAAUAGCGAAGGCCAGGUCCUGGUGGCAGCCUCCCAGUACGGCCAUGGGAGGAUUGUGGUCCUGGCUCAUGAGACCUACCUGACCACCUUUCCUGCUCUGGUAGAGAACGCUCUGAUCUGGCUGAGAGGAGAUGGAUCUGACAACCUGUCUGUGGGGGUCCAAGAAUACGUCAAGGCAGUCGCUGAUAACCUCAGCAAAUCCAGCUUCCAAGCCAAAGUUGUGGGGGCCUUCAGUGACAAACUGGGGGUUGGUGUGUAUGUGACGGACGCCUACAGCGCGGGUGCAAAGAUGAAGGAGCUGGUGGCGUUUCUGAAAGCUGGAGGAGGAGUGCUGAUAGGGGGGCAGGCAUGGCACUGGGCUACACAAAACCCUAAAGCAAAUGCAUUUCUGCAAUUUCCAGGGAACAAAGUGUCUGGAGUUGCAGGAAUUUACUUUUCUACAGCUUAUGGGGGGAAAGAGGUCCUGCCUGUCCAGCCUCAGAUCCCAUCCUCACUGAAGACUUUACGUGCUGGUAAAGAUUUCGAGGAUGACCUGAAGGUCUUACACCAGGGGAUUUCAGAGUUUGACCUUGGGGGUGAUAUGGCUUUGUCGAAGGCUCUGGUCCAUGGUCCACUGGCCUUCCCCAUUGGUACCACUAAGGAUGGACAGACGUUCCUAGCAGGAAGCUACUAUGGAAAGGGACGAGUCAUUGUGAUCACACAUGAAAAACUUCUGACAGUCAAGACGCUGACUUCCUUUUGGACCAAUGCCAUUGAUUGGUUGGACCAAGGCCGGAAGGGAGUUGUUGGUGUUGUGCCAGGCCUCAAACUUGCCAACAAGUCAGGGUUAAAGUUUGAGGAGACGAAGCUGAAGAAAGACCUGAGUGUAUUUGUUUGUACAGCAUGGAGCGAUGAUCAUGCAGAGGAAAUCCAAGACUUUGUAGCAGAGGGAGGAGGCCUUCUCAUUGGUGGGCAUGUGUGGUACUGGGCAUUGACACAUUUUGGGGGAAACCCAAUGACAGAAACCACAGGGAACAAGAUCCUUAACAGAAUGGGCUUGAGCCUGUCACCAGAAAUAAUUGGAGAAGGGUCCUACAAGACUCCAGUGCCUAGCCAGGCCAUGAAGGACACAAUCCACUUCCGCCACCUUCUGCGGCGUUUUGCUGGUCAUGUUAUCAAGGGGGACAAACUCACCGAGCAUGAGGAGAAAAACCUUAAACAACUGGGCAUGGAGUGUACAUACUUUUUGAAGAUGGAGGCUCUUGACAGCUACUCCUACAUAUAUGUGCUGUCCGUCCUCACUGACAUAUUGAAGUUUGGCAUGCCACAGGUGAGUGAGAAGAACCCUGUGAAAACUCCCAAAGACCACCUGCUCCUCAGAGCGGGACCAGAGGUGUAUAAAGUGUCCCCAGAUCGUGACGCUCUCCUGCCGUACCUCAUCAAGGAUCUCCCUUCAUUGCCUUUGAUCAAUAAUCAAAGGAUCAGGAUCAAUGUCAACACAGCAGGGGAGGAGUGGAUCAGUACAGGUCUGUACCUCUCUCCUGGUAUGAAGACCGAGAUCAUCAUCCCAGCAGAGAUCGUCAACAAGGAUUGGAAGAUCCAGAUCGGUUGUCAGUCAGACACACUGAAUCAUGACGAGCUGAAGAGAGCACCACAUGUUGUUGAGCGAUUUCCGGUUACCAUGAAGAAGAUGCAGGUGUGGAACAUGUGGGGAGGACUCAUCUACCUGGUGGCUCCACCCAACACAAAGGUGGAGGGGGCAGAGGUCAUAGUGCAACAAGCGAUAUCUGCUCCUUAUUACAAGUCUGGCGUGUCAACAUCAGCGGAUUGGUCAUCCCUGGGCAAAGCUCCUGCACCCUGGGCAGAGAUGGAGUUUGACAACAUCAUCCUCACUGUACCAUCUGAUUUUAUUCGAGACCUGGAAAAACCUGAAGAGGUGGAGGCACUUUGGAAUGAGAUCAUGAAGGGUGUCGCUGACCUGGCUGUCAUACCGCAGAAACUUCCCCGAAAAGAGCGUAUUGUUGCAGAUGUGCAGAUUUCUGCUGGUGGUCUGCAUGCAGGCUAUCCUGUCAUGAUGCACACAUAUGAUGCAGGUGAGCUGUUCAGAGUAAAUGAUGCCAAGACCAAAGGCCUUUGGGGAGAAAUUCAUGAACUGGGACACAACCAACAGAGAUCUGCCUGGGAGUUCGGAGGCCACACUGGGGAGGCCACAUGCAACCUGUGGUCUGUAUAUGUGCACGAAGAGGUGCUGGGGCUCAACAGAGCAAAGGCUCAUGGAGCUUUGAGUCCAACAGAACGCAAGAGUACUAUAGACAAGUAUGUUAAAGGGGGCAGGAAACUCAGCGACUGGAACGUUUGGACGGCCCUGGAGACAUACCUGCAGCUCCAGGAAAAGUUUGGCUGGGAUGCUAUAAAGAAGGUGUUUGCUGUCUACCACAAGAUGACCAGCUACCCCAGUGACAACAAGGAAAAGAUGAACCUGUACGCUGUGACCUUCUCCGAGGCUGUCGGCAUGAACCUGUCUGGGUUCUUCAAAGCCUGGAGCUGGCCCAUCGGACGAGACACUGAAGAGAAACUCUUCAGCCUGCCUCCCUGGAGUGACCACCCCAUGGUCAAAUAUGAGUAAAUUUCAUCCUGUAGCUGAUAGAAGAGAGAUGGGUGUUGGUUUAUCACUGGGAUGUAAUCAUAAUACAGUUUUGAAAUCCAGAUUAUUUUGAUGCUUUAAUGAUGUUUGUAAAAUUUGGCAACAAUCAGCAUUAUUGUCCAGCAAAACUGCAAACCUUGAACAAAUUUAACAAGAAUGCACUGACAAAAUGCCACUUGUUAAGGCCAGACCGGACACUAGUUCUCUUCAGAGCAUAGCAAAACAUAAUCUGUGAAGUGUUGACAGUGAAGUAACACUGGGGUUAGUGGGGUCUACACUCUACUAAUUUAAGUUAAUAUUUGAGGUGAGUUUCCAGAUGUCUGCUAAACUGUCUAGCCACAACAUAAUGUGUAACAAAAAAUGAAAAUUCAAAGUGCUUAACAGGAUAAUUCAAUUAAAAACAUAUUAGGGAUAGAAAUUUACAAUAAAAGAGUAAAGAGAAAAGAUAUGAAAGGUAAACUUGAUUAAUUAAUGAAAAUUAGGUUAAAAAGGUUUAAGUAAAGUCAUAAAAUAUGACAUAAAAAUAUAUAGUGGUUGUUCAUUUCAUGUGCGGUUCCCUAAAAUGCCACUCAGUCUUCAAAUUUUUAAAACCUCUGAACCUUUUUUUUAACAUGUCAAGAUGCUAAGUUAAGCUUAAGUUUUUUUUAGCAACCAUAAAAAUGUACAGCAAUUCAUAACUAAAAAGCAUAUUCCAAUUAGAAAGUAAAUCUUGAGUCUUCUUUCAGGGUCAUAAUAACUAAUACUCAUUCAGAUAUUUAGGUGUUUUCCUUUUUGGAUCAGUCAGUUCUGCCUUUCAUAAUUUACACUGCAGACUUCUACCUUAAUUCUUGUAAUAGGUUCUUGGAGGGUGUUUUAUACUGUAACCUUGAAGGUGUGUUUCAUCUUUUUCACAAGAAAAGUCAUUCAUUCAUUCCCUCGUUCAUUCAUUUAUUCAUUUAUUCAUUAGUUUGUAUAGUAUGUGACAGCACAUGGCAGUUGAUUCAGGCUGUAUUUGUAAGACAGACACACUGUGUUUUUCAGUUGUGUAUUUUGCCAUUUGAUUUUACUGUCAAUGAAAGAGACAAGUAUACAGUCGUAGUAUCCCUCUGUUAUUUGUGGUUGAAUGAGAAUAAUAAUAAGAGGUUUAUUACUCUGCCGAAAACAGUGUAAAACACAAUUUGAUGUUACUUUAUCACCACACUUGUAUCAAUAACAAAUAUCUUUUGUGGUUUUACAAUUGUUAUGUAACAUUAAAGGUCAGUGGCCCCUAAAA